AUGCUUGUGGGAGGAUUCUGCACAGUGAACGAGUUUUAUUAUUAUGGAUGGUUUUGUAACAUUUGGAGGUCUGACUGGCCCCGCUACGUAUCAUUUAUGCGAUUAGCUGUUUUUUAUAUCUUCCUUGUCAGUUCCUUAACAAAUAUCACUGUCAUUUCUUUAGAGAGGCUGCAUGCAACGCUUUGGCCGUUCAAACAUCGUGUUUUGAAGUUGUGGAUUUACAAAAUCGUUAUCACUUUUGUUUGGAUCUUAGCUGGGUUUAUCUCAUUUGUCAAUGUCGCUCUUAUAAAUUUUGGAAAAUGGUCAGAUUACGUUUAUUUCUGGAACUCGUAUAACGCAUUUUGCUUACUUGUAAUUUGGUUUUCGUACGCUCUAAUUUUUUUCAAGGUUCAUUUAGGAUCGCAGGUCUUGCACCAUGGUGCUGCUGCUAGAGAGAGAAGACUUACAGUGACUUUGUUUAUCGUUACAAUUCUGUCUCUAGCCUUGUGGCUUCCUUACAUUGUAAACAUUUUUGUCAAUUAUUCCACUGAUUACGCUACGUUGUUACCCGGACUUAUGUAUUUUCACCUAGAAUCCUCUUUCAUCCUUUUUUUUCAUACAAACUCCCUUGUUAAUCCUAUUUUAUAUCUGAUUAGAAUACCAGGCUUUAGGAGAGCUGCUAUCGCCUUAUUUAAAUCACGAUGUCGACAGCAAAGACAGAUUCAAGUUUUUCCUCUUCGUGAAGUCUAA